AUACAAAAGGAUUUGGAACUAGUCAUAUUUCAGCAUCUUUUAUGGAUAAAGUCAGAGAAUAUUUGAAAGAAAACAAUCCAGAAGUACUUACUCGAAAACAAUCUAAGUGGCAAUUACUUAAAUUUGUAGCACAGAAAUUGAAUAUCGAUAGUAAUCAAUUAUUUUAUCAUGGUGAUCAACGAGGAAUUUAUUGUGGUUGGACUGGAACGAAUGCCAAUGAGUUUUUAUUAAAAACGAAAACGAAUUUUGUACAAGAUAAGCUUCAAUCUGUUGAAUCAACUGCUUCGUUUUGGAAACAAAGAUGGGCAAAACAACGAGCAACACAUUUGAAUAAAAGUCAAAUAUAA